AUGGGUGAACGUAAAGGACAGAAUAAAUACUACCCACCAGAUUAUAAUCCUGCAGUAGGAGGAUUGAAUAAAUUUAAAGGAACUCAUGCCUUAAGAGAACGGGCUAAAAAACUUCAUUUGGGCAUCUUAAUAAUACGUUUUGAAAUGCCAUACAACAUAUGGUGUGAUGGAUGCAAUAAUCACAUUGGAAUGGGAGUUCGGUAUAAUGCUGAAAAAAAGAAAAUUGGGAUGUAUUAUUCAACGCCAGUUUAUCAAUUCCGAAUGAAAUGUCAUCUUUGUAAUAACCAUUUUGAAAUUAAAACCGAUCCUGGGAAUUUAGAUUAUGUAAUUGUAAGUGGUGCUCGUCGACAAGAAAAUCGAUGGGAUCCCUUUGAAAAUGAACAAAUUGUCCCAGAGGACAAGGAUACAAGUAAACGGUUGUUUGAUGAUGCUAUGUUUAAACUUGAACAUGGUACUGAAGAUAUAGACAAGGCUAAAAAGGCAGCUCCAAUAUUAGUUAAGCUUCAUGAUGCACAAGAUGCUAAAUGGAAUGAUGAUUUUUCUGCAAAUUCAUUAUUAAGACAACAGUUAAGAACAAAAAAACAGAAAUUAGCUGUGAAAGAAAAACAUGACAAUGAAUUAAAAGAAAGACUAUCAUUAAGUAUUCCAUUAGUAGAUGAAGUUGAAGAAGAUAUAAGAAUUGCUAAACUAUUAAGCUAUCAAACUUCUGAUAGUACGAAAACCAGACAAAAAAAGUUUAUUCAUGGGCUUCGCAAAACUCCUAAGCUAGACCCUAAUAAACCAAAAAAGUGUCUUAAUGUGGGCAUCAUUCAAUCAACUAUUACAACGAAAACAGAAAUAUUACCAGUUGCUAGUACUAAUCAUUGUUCCACGGCAUCACUUGUGUCUGCAGAUUAUGGAUCAACAUCGUCAUCAGAUUAA